ACUCCGCCUUCUCUCAUCUCAUCUCAUCUCCACCGCCUCACGCGGCCCACGCCCUCUCUCAACUUGCCCUCUCUCUCGCUCUCUCUCGCCGGUAUCUUCGCUACCAUACUCCGAUCUCGUCAAGCCAACUGCAAGCAUCUAGAUCUCGUCGGUGCAUCCUCUCUUCCGCCGGCGGGGACCUUACGCCUUGCUCGCUGCUGGUCUCCAGUCUAGGGUUUUACCGUUCUUUCAGAAUUUGGCCUGUCUGCCUGCAAUCUUGAGGCCAGUUAGCUAUCAGUGAUCUCAAUCUGAUUGGCAUUAUUUGCAGAAUGGGUUUCGAUAAUGAGUGUAUAGUGAAUAUUCAAUCCCUUCCUGGUGAAUAUUUUUGUCCUGUUUGCCGGACACUUAUCUACCCUAGUGAAGCUUUACAAACCCAGUGCACCCAUUUGUAUUGCAAACCAUGCUUAUCCUACAUUGCUGCCACCACACAUGCAUGCCCAUAUGAUGGAUAUCUGGUGACUGAAGCAGACUCGAAGCCACUUACUGAAUCAAAUAAAGCUCUUGGGGAGACCAUUGGCAAAGUAGCAGUUAACUGUCUCUAUCAAAGGAGUGGGUGUCAGUGGCAGGGAACAUUAUCUGAAUGCAUUGCACAUUGCAGUAGUUGUACUUUUGGAAAUUCACCUGUUGUAUGCAAUAGAUGUGGUACUCAAAUUAUACAUAGGCAAGUGCAAGAGCAUACUCAAAUAUGCCCUGGCUUGCAACCUCAAGCACAACAAUUAGAUAAUAGCCAGGUUCAAGGUUCAGCAACAUCUAGCCAAACUGUUCCCCAGGAUCCAACCAUUACAUCUGCAGCUGCUCCUGGAUCAACAGCUGGCACAGCUUCUGUGGCCAUUCCUGCAGCUGCUUCAGCAUCUACUCCAACAGCACCUUCUGCUGCAACUCCUGCUACUGCCUCCGCUAUACCUACUACUGCAGCUGCUUCUCAAAGCCAAACCCAAGCCAAUAUAACUGCCUAUGCACAAGCUGCAUCGCAACUUCCUACUCAACAAUGGUACCAGCAGCAACAAUUGCAGCAAUAUCAACAGUACUAUCAGAUGUAUCCUGGUUAUGACCCUUACCAGCAGCAUUAUCAACAGUUUUCCCAGUAUCAACAGCAGGCAUACCCACAGUAUGGGCAACCACAAGCACAAACUCAGCCUGCAAUACAAGGACAACAGCAGCCUUCCCUAUAUGUGCAGCCCCAAUCUCAACCUCAACCUCAACCUCAACCUCAACCUCAGGUCCAUGCCCAGCCUAUAGGUCAGCCCCAACCACUUGCCCAGGCUGCUCAAACACAGCAACAGCAGCCUUUGAUGCCAAUUCAGCAACCACUUCCUCAGCCUCAACCCCAAGGGCAACCUCAACCUGUUGCACAGCUCACACAAAUGCAAGUUCCACAACUUACUGUGCCUGUUCAGCAGCCUUACACACAGAUACUCCCACAAACUAAUCAGCCACCUCAAGCACAGAUAGCAGCUCAGCAAUUUGUGCAGCCAACACUGACACAAUAUGCUCAACCACAACCACCCCAACAGAUGCAGGUGCCUCCACUUCAACAACCACUCCAGCCACAGCAACAUCCACAAUCUCUCCCUCAACAACAAACUCAUCCACACACACAACCCCAGGCUCGUCCGACUGCUGUACAACAGCCACCAAUGCUACCACAAAUGCACCCCCAACAUCCUAAUGCCCAUCAGCAAAUGCAACCCCAAUCAAUUGCACAACCUCAGCAUCCAUCAAGUCAUCCUGUGACAGGGCAUCAGUCGUAUCAGCAAACCCAAUCUGGUGCCCCACCUCAGCGUCCCAUGUUCGUACAAACCCAACAGGUUGUUCCCCAGCAACCUGUCCAAAUGCCAAACCAGUUUCCAUCUCAACAACCAUCUCAGAUGCCUCCGCCCUCUGGUUAUAUGCCAAUGCAAGUCCAGCAACAACCAAUGCUGCCACCGCAAAGGCCUGCUCAUCCUCAGCAACAACCUCAUCUUCCAGUUAAUCAGCAUGGACAACAAAAGCACCAGUAUCCUCCAAUGCAUGCCCAGGCACAGCAACAAGUUUUUCCAUCUCAACAGUCUCAUGGUCAUUUGCUUCCUGGCCAGCAGUUUCCACAAAUGAUGGUUUCAUCGCAACAACAAAUGCACCCUCCGGGUCCACAACAUAUUCAACAUGUUACGGCACAAACUCAUCCUCAUGGUCCACCUGCUCAAGGUAUGGCAGCACAUCAAACAGCCAUGAGACCAUUGACAGCGAACACCUUGCCACAUCAAUCAAUCCAACAGUUUCCUGGUGGUCCAGGCAAGCCAGCUCAACCAUCUUUAAAUCAACAAUCACCAAAUCAUAGCAACUUGACACGUCCUGGCCCUAGUCUGACUGUCACACCCGAGUCAGUAAAGUCUCAUCUCUCACAACCUGGUGGCCAAGCAGUUUCAAUCCCUUCAGCUGGUCCUCCAAAUUCAGGAGUGGUAGACAAAAUGGGAAUAUCUGUGGAACUGACAAAUGAAUCAGUUGCAAAUAGUGCUGAUGGAAGGUUUCAAAAUGAAAUUUCUACCACAACCGACACAAAGAUCAAUCAGUCAGAGUCAGAAACCGAUAAAAAACCUGUUGGUGACAGCAAGGAAAAUGAUAAACAAUCAGAGAUGGCUUCAACACUUCCUGAAGAGGAAGGUAUAGAGCCUGCUGAGCAUAAGUAUGGAGACAAGAAGGAAGUGGCUGAUUUGGUUGAUGGUAACCAGAGACCUGAUGUUCCUAAUGAUGGAAAUGCUGGGGAAAAUCAAAGCACAGAAGCUAAGCCCGAUGAAAAGUCUGGUGCACCAUCUGAAGUUCGAGGGUCAAAUGUGUCUUCUGAUGCUGGUACUCACAAGCAUUCCUCUUUAGCUGCUGAACUUAAGGAGUCAUCUGGCUUAACUGAAGGCUCACAUGCUGGGGAAUUUGCUAGUAAAACUAAAUCCCAGCAGCUGCCAGCUCCUGAGAGAGGUCAUCUGCAACAACCGACUCUUCAAAAUGCUGCUCCACCUUAUGAAGGAACACAUUUCCAGGCUGGUUAUCAGGAUAGGAGUUCUUCUCAGUUGGCUUGGAAUGGUUCGGUUUCUGGUACACGACCUGUUCCUUUAUCAGGUCCUUUACCAGGUAAGGAGGGCUACCCAACACAGCAAAUUCCCUAUGGCCAUCCUUCAAAUGCAACAGCUGCAACCACUAGAUUCUCAGCACCUGAUAGAAUGUUGCCCCAUCAUAUUCCACAUCCUGGGGCUAAUCAAGAUAGAAGAUCCCAGGAAACUCUGCCAUAUCAAAUUCAGGCGCCUGGACAAAAUAUAGCAUCUGGCCAGAUGAGGCCCCCUGGCCAGAAUUUUCCUGAACACCUUUCUCUUCAGGGGCAGCCUUCAGUUGUACAAGAGUCAUUUAGAUCUUCAACUGGACAACCAUAUGGCGGUGGUUAUCAUUCUGAUGCACAUCAUGAUGGCCCUCCUGGUCCAGGGGUUCCCCCCUCAGGUAGACUUGCUGGGCAUGUUGGAUUUCCACAGCAUGGGGGGUUUCCAGAACAGGCAUUAGCUCCUCAAGGACAAAGUCAAAGUCAUAUGUCUCAGCCACAUUCUGGUGUUAGAGUCUCACAGCAUCCUCAGCUCGUGCCCAACUCUGGAGCUUUUAAUACUUCGAGUCUGAUGCCAAGAGGACCUCUAUUUCAUCUUGAAGAUCGUGGAGGUCCCUCUCAUCUUGGACCAUCAAAUGCUUUGGAAUCUGAAAUGUAUGACACAAGGAGGCCUGGUUUUUCAGAUGGCAGAUCAGAUCUACUGGGAAAGUCCAAUCUUAUUAAAGCUAAUGGGAUUCCAGGAAAAAUGCAAGUUGAUAACAUGCAUGAUCCUGCUUUUGCUCUUGGAUUGACUGAAGACAGAUUCAAGCCAUUCCCUGAUGAAAGAUUCCGACCAUUACCGGAGGACGGAAUGCCAAGACAUUUUCCACUUGAUCCUGGCAGACAUAAUGCAGGUCGUAGAGAAUUUGAAGAAGAUUUAAAACAAUUUCCUAGGCCAGCCCAUUUAGAUUCUGAAGGUCUGCGGAACUUUGAUAGUUACAAUUCAUCAAGGCCCCUUGAUAGAGGCUGGCAGCAGACUGGUCCUGACAUUAGGCCUUUUGACAGACCAUUGCCUAGGCCGGAUGGAAUUCCUGGUCCUUUCGCCACAGGCCAAACUGGUUCUUUCCCAGCUAGUAGGCCUGGUCUGGAAAAUCAUAUGAUGGAUAUGUUGGAAACACGUAGGCCUCCUGGCCCCCAUGAUGAGUUUGAUCGCCAUAUGGACAUACUUCCUCCAAUACGUAGCCCUGUUAGAGAUUUUGGUGCUCUUCCAUCCAGUAGGUUUGGAACAACUGGUAAGCCGCGCUUGGGGGAUAUUGAUUCUAGGGAGUUACAUGGAUUUACUGAAAGAUCAAAACCUUUCCAUGCCUCAUCAGAUUUAUCUGCUGGUUCUUUCCGUGAUAGUAAAAUUUCAAUGCCAUCUAUGCUAGGUUCUGGGCCAAUGCCUGGUCGAUUUCUAAGAGAGAUUCCUGAUGGUUCUAGAAGUUUCCAGAUGGAACAAUUUGAAUCAGGGGAACCAUUCAAUCAGGGUCGCAUGCCCACCGGUGAUCCUAGUUUUGGUGGCAUUCAUGGUCGUGAUUUUCCAAAUGAAGCUGCACCAUUUAACAUUCAUAAUGUACGAGGUGACAUGGAGGCUUUUGAGUUGUUAAAGAAGAGGAAACCUGGGACUAUGGGAUGGUGUCGGAUAUGCAGUAUUGAUUGUGAAACAGUGGAAGGGUUGGAUUUACAUGCACAAACCAGGGAGCACCAAAAGAUGGCUCUGAAUAUGGUGUUAGCUUUCAAGAGAGAGGCCAACAUGAAGAAUAGAAUCUCUGAGAAUGUUACACCCCGUGAAGGGAAGAACAAAAGGAAAGAUUUUGGAAAACCAUUGAAAUGAAAGAACCAUCAUGGUUUCUACUGUAUUGGAAAUGCUUUUUUUGUCUGAAGUUGAAUCUUCCAGUUGGAGAUUGUUGACAAACUCUAGUUGUAGAACUUCAUCCAAUGUUUGGAGGGUGCUAUUAGUUCAGGCAUUGAAUUCUUGAGAUUCCCUGGACUUCAAUGUGAUGAUCUCAACUUCCACAUCAUUUGAUCUAUGUUGGUUAUUUCCAUGCUUUCUUCUCUUGAUACUUAUAUUUGUUUGGUUUUAAGAAAUUCAUCCUUCUGCUGUCCUUUUCCUAGUUUCUAUUUUAAUCCCUAUGAUUUUUUUUCAUGUUAAAUCCCAUUGAUUGCCAUCUUAUUAUUACUUUUUUUAGUUGAGAUUUGUCCAUCUCUAAUAGCUUUUCGGUUCAACAAUAUGAACUUCUUAUACUGGUACAUUUGUACAUAUUCAGAACUAGGAGUAGGAUCAUCUACAUUUGACCAUGUCAAUUAGUUCUUAGGUACCAUUCUAACCAAUAAGAAACAAGAAAAUGGAAAUUUUAUUAGGAUUUAAUCUAAUCAUCAUUAGGAAACAUAUAGCUACUAUUGAUUCUAUAGCUCUCUGAAACUUCUAUUUAAUUAAUCAUGCAGUUGUGCAUAUGGUAUCUCACUUUUUAAUUUUUAGAAUUUUGUACUUAGACAUUGGCGAUGCAAAAAAUGCAAGAGAUUAAAAUGUAUAGAUGAGUAGGUAUGUUUUUAGGAGACAAACUAGUUUUGGAAAAGGUUUCCUUCUAAGGGAAAAAUAUACUUGCAAUACAUUGAACAGGCUCUUGGUCCAUUUCUCAGCUCUUCUUCCUUUCUGUUUCCAAUUUACCCCUUCAUUUGUUACUCUUGUGGGUCUUUUGUUUCAUGCUCCCUCUUCCCUUAGUUCACUGACGCUUUAUUUCAGUGUUAAUGAAUUUCUAUAUUUCAUGUCUAAAUUGAUAUUUAUUUGAUAGAGUUUCAUUGAUGGGCUUCUUCUUUGCCUAUAUGAGACUGGGCUCAUCAGAUUCUAUCAGCCAAUAUGAGAAAAAACAAAGACAACUAGCUUUUGUCCCUGUUAUAAAGGCCGUGUAACUAGUAAUAAUGAUAAUUAUAAAUAAUGACCUAGCUUUAGAAAAAGGAAAAAAAAAAAUGCAAUUAUCUGCUAGUGGUGAAUGCCUCUUAUUCUAGGAAAUGGUUUCUGUAAUAGUCAGUUAUGUUUUAUGGCUUAGGCUAACUGUAAUUAACAAUACAAGCGAUGAGCUAUAAGAUAGGAAUGCCUUAUUGAUGUAGAAAGGUUACUCGUGGCUGGAAGGCCCAGGGAGUGGCAAUACGGUCUACUUACAUGACUUUUUUAGUUGGCCCGGAUGACUCCACUUGUUAUUACUUAUUUUUUGCUCAAUAUAGUUGACCUGAUAUCUCCAUGAUUUGUAUAGAACUCAAUGAUUAUUAUAAGUUCUAUUUACCUGACAUCAAAUACUAAGGGCUAUUAGUACUUCCAGUCUAUAAUUGUUAUCUAAUAAAGAUGCUUGGUUUUGAUAAGUUAGCUGCAAACAUCAGAAAACUGUUACAACUAGAUAGGCAAAUUAACUAUCUAUAUGUUAAGGAAUCUGAAACUUGCAACUUACGUUUCAAAAACAUGAGGCAUUUUAUAUGUUGUUGAACUUAUUGUGGUUAUCGAUCAAUCUAAACCAUAUUGUCUUUUUUAGAAUGGUUUUACUAGCUUAUAAGUUAUCUAGUUGGAAACUAUUGGCUCCAUUGCAUGGCUUUGGCAGGCAAGGGAAUAUGUGCUAUUUAAUUUUGAGAAACCUUUGGAACUUGCCUUGUUAUUGCAUAAACUUUUACAUGGAAUCUGUCUGCGGAGGUAACGAGGAGCCCGUGUAAUGGAAAUUAGAGAAGGGAAUUCGCUUAAUUUUCUUACUGGAGAUGAACCUAAUGGAGAUUAAUAGAUUGUAAUAUGGUUCCUACGUGAAAAAAAUAGAAAUAAAUGUUUACUUCUAUCCAAAUUCUUGGAUACAAGCAUAUAGAGAUCUGCAUACACAAAGGGGGGAAAUAAAAUUAGGCCCAGAAUUAAUGCUCUUCUUUCUUACGACUUUUUAUGAGACUUGAGGUUCAGUAGAUAAAUCACUUCCCUUUUCUAUUCCUAAUCUGUUGCUUGGCUAUGAUAGUUGUGUUUUUUUUUAUUAAAUCGGAUCAAGAUUAUUCUGACAGAUAAGAGUAGAUUUUAAUUUGAGGUCCCCUGGUUUUUGUUGUUUUAGUUCAUCCAAUAUUUCAAUUGGCAUUUCCAAUGGUGGCUUUUUUCAUUGUGAUUGGAUUUUUGUGUGUUUUCUAGAUGGUGUAACUAUAUCCUGCAUGUUAUUACCGUUGUUUAAAUUAUGCGGAGGCACAAUUUAGUCGUGCACCGCGAAUUCCUUCUGCAAUUUUAGCCCAUUAUAAAUUAGGAGAAGCGUACUCAUUCAAUCUUUGAAUUCUGGCGGCAACAUGCAAAUAUUUUUCUUUAUUUUCUGAACUGAUCUGUUGAGCUCAUUCAUUCUCUGUCCUUUUAAAGAUAAUAAGACAUUUACAAAGGGUUUGGGCGGGGGUAAAUCCUAAGAAAAGGUAUCUUCUUAGACCAACUGCCUUGUGUACAUGGUGGAUUAUGCUGACGUCUUGGUAAAAGAAAUAUGUUUCUUGCGAAUCCACAAUAGCUAAAAUGUACUAUGAAUCGUGUAUCUUCAUGAAAUUUUGUAGAUGAAUAUAACCUAAUGGGCAUGAUUUGACAAGAAAGUAUUGGUGGACAUGUUUUAUUUUAUAGUUGCUUGAGUAAUUUUGAAACCAAACUAACCUAUAGUGGAAAUUUUAAAAUUGAAAUUGAAUCAGGGUUGAAGUAGAACGAACUUUAUUAUGUUGAAAGUUAUUAAAAUAAUAUUCUAAAAUCUCUGCAAAUAUAUACACAACACAUUCAUUUACAUACCUAGGCACGUAUGUGUACGUAAGUAUUGUAUCCAUUCAAAUUUCUGCAUGUACCAUUGGUUUAAAUUGCUUUAAAAAAAUGAUACUCUUCCUGUUGCGUUUUAACGAUAAUGCCCAACAUGUUUCGCCAAUGAAGAAGACAGCGCUUGUGAUGAUGCUGUGGCUUGACUGCAGAAUCCCCUGGCUGACAGCUGCCCCUCAAGAAUUCCGCAAGCAAAAUUGAAGUGCGAGGUAUUGCUACACGCUCGGGCUAUUCAUCUCGCACUAUUAUGGACGGUUGGAUCGCUGCUUCUCGGUCUAAAGCUGAGUCGGGGGGUUGACAGCUGAAAGUCAUGGAAUUGAAGCUGCUGUAGUAGCAACGGUAGUGGCAUAGCGCUGCACACUUGGGUUGGGGAGAUCUGUUAGGGGUUGAGGAAGUUGGUGUACAAGUGAGUGGAAGAUGGGAUAGGGGUUAAGGAAGCUGGUGUACAAAUACUCUGCAUUACAUUCUGCAGUGGAAUUGGGGAAGCAAUGAGAGGACUGCAUCGUGUAUUGGCUAUAUUUGGCUUUCGUGACGUGAGCUCCAUCCCCUUCUAUUUAUGUAUAUGUUUUUAUUUUUCUU